CUUUUUUUCACCUAAUAAAUCCACUACAAACUUAAUUCGCCACUAUACUAACAACUUUUCGAUUAUGCCAUCAACUAAAAUCCGCACCUUCUUUAUUAAAUCCAGCUUCCAGCUCUUAUAUUCGAUUGCACACAACUCAUCUGCCUUGAAAAAAAUUCCAUUCUCAUUUUUCGGUUCAGUCUAGUCCAAGUCUUAUAUUGUCUAGUCUGCCUCACUUACAAAUCUCACAUGAUCCACACAAAAACACAAUCAAUCAUCAACCAAAUUUGUUUUGAUUCAAACAUGUAACCAUCUCAAUCUGACUUAUAUAAAAAGGCAAUAAUUUCCUUCCAAGAACUUGCAAUAAUCCACCCACCAAAAAUUAGAGAAAAGAUGAAUCAGUGUGUGCCCAAUUGGGAUGUCGAAGAAAAUCACUACUCUCUUCCUAAUUCCCAUAGACAACAAAAUCUCCGUGCUCAUUCCAACUCCUCUAGUUCUUUAGCCCCUGAUGUUCCUACGUUAGACUAUGAAGUGACGGAGCUGACGUGGCAAAAUGGGCAGCUGGCGAUGCAAGGAUUGGGUCUUCCCCGGGGUAAAUCGGCGGUGGCUGCUGCCGCACCGGCGGUGGCCGUCAAAUAUACUUGGGAAAAACAACUUCCGGCCGGGGGAACUCUUGAGGCGGUAGUAAACCAAGCCCUCCCAAACCGGAAGGCUAAAGUCGUGCAGCAAAGCUGCGACGGCAAUGAGCUGGUGCCGUGGUUCGACAACCGCCACCACCACCAUCGGCAGCCGGCAGCCACCGGUUCGUCACUCGGUUUGACCACCAUGGAUGCCUUGGUCCCAUGCAACAAUAACAACAACAACAAGUGCGAGAAUGACCGUCACGUGCCGGGAUCCGGCACGUGCGUGGUGGGGAUGGGCUGCUCCGCCACGCAUGUGGCUUCAUGCAGCGCCGCCACCACGAGCAACGCCCGGGUUCCACGUGUCAGCGGAACCACCGCCACGGCGGGUGAACAGAGCUGCAGCAUUAGUACCACCUUCGGAACAGUCGACACGUGCGACCGGGAACUUGUCGUCACCCCCGGCGGCGGCUUUACCUCUACUACUUCUCUUGGGUCGCCGGAAAACGCCAGCUCCGCCGCCAAACACUCCGGCAAGACCCUUGAUGAACAUGACUCCGCUUGUCAGAGCAGAAAUGAGAGGGACGCCGAAGAGGAGAAGAAGAAAGGAAAUGGAAAGAGGAGUAGAGCCGCAGCAAUUCACAACCAGUCUGAACGUAAAAGAAGAGACAAGAUCAAUCAAAGAAUGAAGACUCUGCAGAAGUUGGUCCCAAAUUCCAGCAAGACUGAUAAGGCAUCUAUGCUGGAUGAAGUGAUAGAGUAUCUAAAACAACUUCAAGCACAAGUUAACGUAAUGAACAGGAUGAACAUGCCAUCGAUGAUUUUGCCAUUGGCAUUGCAACAACAGCAGCUUCAAAUGAUGUCAAUGAUGUCUCCCAUGGGAUUAGGAAUGAGCAUGGGAAUGCCCGGAAUGGGUGUCAUGGACAUGAACCGCGCUAACAUGGCGGCCGCCGGGAUGGCGGCGCCUCAUGUUCUUCAUCCCACCGCCUUCAUGCCACAAGCCUCAUGGGAUGGCCUUGCUGCACCUUCCUCUUCUUCCCCAAUGCCAGAUCCUUUGGCUGCAUUCUUGGCUUGCCAAUCUCAGGUAUAUUAACCUAAUUGGACUUACUUCUCAAUUUUCAGUUGUUACUUAAAACCACACACACACACAAUCAAGUCAGAAAGUCAAAAUCGUAUUAUGGAAGUCUGAAUUUGUUCUUGAUUGGAACGAUAUUUUUAUGAUCUGGUUUGAAAACUUUAUUAAAAACGAGGGAAAAACGAAAAUUGAUUAAUUUGCAUGCAAAUUGACCAAAUUAAUUUACAAUUAAUGCAGCCUAUGUCGACAAUGGAUGCUUAUGCACGGAUGGCGGCAUUGUACCAGCAAUUUCAACAAUCUCCAGGCCCUGCUCCCCAAUGAAAAUAGAUUCAUGUGAUAAAAUUUAACUUUAGUUAUGCUCAUCAAUUCUAUGCAAACUUCGGAAAAUACUAUAUUUAAGUAACCAUCAUGGUGCAUACAAAUUUAGAUAAGUAAUUACUAAUUAGUUGUCUUAUACUAUCUAUAUAUAUAUAUACAUAUGCCAAAAGUAACCAAAAACUAAGAUCUCUAUCAUUAGAUUGGAAAACUUCUGCUGAGUGUCCACUACAUAACUCAAAUAUAUGUAUGUCUAUUACGUUAAAAUUUAAACAUUUCUCGAAAACAUACAGUUCUUACGGGUGACGGAAUUCCCACCGAUGCACGUUUAUAAGGGUUUCCAUAUGUCUUCUGUAACACAACUUAUUUAUUCUUCUUUUAGUUUAUAU